GGACUUGUGUAUGAGUCUCCUGCCAUUAUUGGUUCAUUUUUGUAAUUCUAUAUGUGCUUGUUUACAUGUCAAAUUGAUGCAUGUUUGGAUUAUAUGUAUGCUUCUUAUCAUAUUCUUCACUCAAUUCCCUGUAGGUAAUUUCAUUAUUUUCAAAAAGAUCUAACUACCUUAGGUAAGUUUUCUCAAAGUGGAAAUGUGGAAUAGAGGUUAUAGGUUAGAAAAGUUUUGAAUUGCUUGGUGGAAUGAUUUUCAAACAGGAUUUUGUUAAAGGUAGGGCUGUAAGAAGCCAUGCUUCUCUCAACAAGUUGAACUCAAUAUAAUAGUAACCCCAGUUUGUAUUUGGUUUCUCAUAGUUUAGUGAGUUGACUUAAAACAUUUUAGUGCUUGGCCUGAGAAUUAGCCAUUGCAUGCUUGUUUAACAAUAUAUCAUUAAUUUUGUUUUCUGAUAAUUUUUUUCGCUUGUUGAAUUUGUGUUAAGUUAAUAUGCUAUUAGUUUUCUAGUGUAAAAUUUGCCAAAGCUGACUUCAUGAUGAGGUUUUCACCAUUGUUUUCAAAUUUCAUGCUGUGCUCUAGCUAAUAUUUGAGUCCAAGAAGAGGUUGAGUGCAAUAUAAAAGCCAGGGACAAUCAAAUUUAAUGUAUUCAAGGAUUGGAGCAUCCUUGAUGGGCUAGAUUCUGUCGCACAAGAAACUCUCACCUGGACCUCCACCUUCUUUUUUUGAUGUUAUAAGCUAAAUAAGCUAAUUAUAAUUGUUUGUACACUUAAAAAAGAGCCAAGACUAGUUCAUUUUGAGGUUUUACGAUUCUUUUAAACCAACUUCGAGAGAAGAAAUGAGCUUGAGUUGGAGACUGAGCUCAAGUUUUUAAGUUCGUCAAGCUUGAGCAUGGUAUUAGGUGAGUAUCUGAUUGAUUCACUCUAGAUAAAACUUAAAAGUUAAAAGGUUCCCUUGGGUAAUUCUUGAAUGGGUGCUGAAAAAGGACCUUAACCAAAUGUAUUGGUGCAGAUAAGCAUGAGGAUGAGAGUUCUAUUAAAACAAUAUUAAAUGC